AUCGGUGGUCUAUUUCUGGCUUUGGAACGUGCUUUCUUCUCAAAGGUUUUCGUAAAUCCCGCUGCUCUGCAUGAAGUGACACAUUCUCUGGAUUUCACUGGACGCAGUUUUCUGAGUGUUGGAGCUGCUUCUAGAGGAGGAGGAAAAGCUGUAAGAGAUGCUUUUACAUCUGAUGGUGGCGCUGGUGGAGGUCGUGGCGAUCUUCUUUCUCAAGAGCAUCAGGCUCCUAGUGGGUCGGCGGCUGCUGAGUCAGCGGGAACCUUCAUUUCCGAUCAUAGACGUUUGAUAAUGCUGAUCACCGACAAGGCGAAUGAGCUGAGUCAUGGCCUCUUUGCGAGUGCGAGUUCGGGCAAUAACCAAGAGGAUUUGGGCCUUUACGGCAUUCUUCGCGAGCAGGAAGAAGCGCGUGCACGUGAGUUCGUCGCAUUGGAUGACAAGGCCAAAAGGAUGGCACAGGAUGUUGAUGACCCGAACAUGAAAUUGAAUGAGAAGGAUGCCAACCGCUUCACGCAGAUCCAAACACCAACUCAAGCUACGCGACUUCUGUCCGCGUUAUUUCUGCGUAGUCGAACGAUGCUGCGUUUGCGCGAGUGGUUGCAGACGCACAACUACGUGGUCUGUGUAGCAGAACAUGUGUCCCGAUUGACGGUAUCUUCGGUUUCUGCGAAAGGAGCGGACUUGCCAUGGAUCAAUGGCGGAACUCCAGGUGGACUCAAAGCUUGGACAGCACUGGUAGAACGCAGUGAUGCAGCGAAAAAUAUCUUUGAGGUUGCCUCGUACCUGAAAAAGUUACUACAAGUACCAUGCACCUACGAUGAAGGAGAUCUUGGUAGCUCCUCUCAUUUACCUCACCAUUGGAACCCUCGUCUGCCUCUGCCGCAACAGCCAGGUGCUGCAUCGGCCGCAUCAU